UCAUUAGAAUUAAAAGUCUCACAGUCUCAGGCGCGUCCCCCGGCCCACAGAGACACACAGUGUGUCUCAGGCGCGUCCCCCGGCCCACAGAGACACACAGUGUGUCUCAGGCGCGUCCCCCGGCCCACAGAGACACACUGUGUGUCUCAGGCGCGUCCCCCGGCCCACAGAGACACACUGUGUGUCUCUGGCCCGUCCCCCGGCCCACAGAGACACACUGUGUGUCUCAGGCGCGUCCCCCGGCCCACAGAGACACACUGUGUGUCUCAGGCGCGUCCCCCGGCCCACAGAGACACACUGUGUGUCUCAGGCGCGUCCCCCGGCCCACAGAGACACACUGUGUGUCUCAGGCCCGUCCCCCGGCCCACAGAGACACACUACGUUGUUGUUUAACUGGACAAUGGGCGCACACACACACACACACACACACACAGGAUGGCGGCCGUCUCGGCUCGCCGCCGGCGAACGCUUCGAACCUUCAUCGUCUUCCUGCUGUUUGUCCUGCCAGUGGCCGUUAGUGGAUUCAAAGUGGCGGAAGGGGGCGUGGCCUCUCUGUCCUGUCAGUACUCCGUGAAGCGGUUCGGUCUGAGCCGGGUCUGCUGGGGUCGUGGCUGCGGGACGUUCUGGUGCAACAACAUCCUGGUGCAGACGGACGAGCACGGCGUCGUCUCCAAGGUAGCGGACCGUUACCGGCUGGCAGGGGACGUCCUGGACGGACAGAUGGACCUGGACAUCCUUAGCGUGAGGCGGACAGACAGCGGGCCGUACUGCUGCAGGGUUGACGUGGACGGGAUCUUCAACGACAAGAAGGUGAUCAUGAACCUGAGGGUGGUCAAAGCUCCGGUGGCCAGUUCUCCUCCACGAGCACCAGCAACGUCGCCCACGGCGACCGGUGACCUCACACAGCCAUCGGCUUCCACAGUGAACUGGAAGACGCUGUUGUCGUCUCAGCUGGACCUCCUGGGGAGGAACUCCACGAUGCUGCGCUCCGACACCGUUACAGAGGUGGACGACUCGUCUCUCUCCCUCCACAUCAACGUUCCCGUCCUCUCUCUCUCCGUCUCUCUGCUGUUCGUCUUGGCCGUCGGUUUCCUCUUUCUGGCCUUCAAACGUGGCGUUUACAGACGAGCCGUAACAAACAGCUGCUUGUCCUCUGAAGAACCUGCUCACAUCAUCUAUGAGAUCCGGAUGAGGAGGCCCGUCCAGGAGAACAUCUACAGCCUGGACUAGAGCACAUUGGGUUCAACGAAUCAAGCGCGCCCAUCCGACACCACAGAAUAGUAACAAUGCACCCAUGUUACUGGGUAAAUUAGGUAAAAGUACUCCUAGCGUCAAAGUACCAAAGGUAAAAGUUAAAGCAUAUUGUUUAUGGUGUACAUUUGAUAGUAAGUGUUAAAAUAAAUGUCUUUGAAGUGGUAGAAUUUUUGAGUAGUACUUCACUUAAGUAUUUCCAUUAAACUUAACUUCCUUAAAUCAACCAAUAAGCUAUGAAGUAGUAUUAGGAAGUUCCCAGCCUAAAUAUUAUGUGUAUAAAGUAGUUAAAAUGAUCUCCAGCUUUAUUAAUAUCAUUAAUGAUUUCAAAUAUUGCUUUUAGUUUAAUCAAUAAUAAUAAUAAUAAUAUGUGAUCACUUUACUUUAGUUUUGAUUAAACCUGAAAUAUGGAAAUAUAUCCUAAAUAAAUACCCACAAGUUAAGUGAAGGUACUUUGAACGUUAGUAGAAUAGAUGAGUAAAUGUAAUCAGUUACUACGGCAACAGAAAAGAUGUGAUUUCCUUCUUGGUUGUUGAAUAGUUCAGAUUUUAACAUUGUGUUACAGAUUUAUGUGAUUUAUUAUUUGAUCCGGAGUGAAAUUAUGUGGGAACAAAUGUUAAGUCUGUGUGUUUUGUUACAUCACACUUUAAGGUGUGAGGUCAUCGGUUCCUCAUUGAGUCCCAGUGGACAAUUACAUAAAAUAUGAAAACAGAAGAUCUGA